UCUACCUGAUGUCAUUUGAUUGCUUCUUUGCCGGACUGCUCUGCUGGGGCUUGCUGUAAAUGCUUGACUUCACUUGGAAUGCCCUGAUGCUGGAUCUCCAUAGAUUUCAUGGCGGUGGCACGAAAAAUCAAAACUUUGCUGACUGUAAAUAUCCUGGUCUUCGUAGGCAUCAUCCUGUUUUCGGUAUACUGCAGGAUCCAGGACAGGUCCCAGGAGCUGGUGCAGAUCGUAAGAAGUUCUGACCGCAGAGUGAGGAGCAGAAACACCAAACUGGGGGCAUUGGUCGACCGGGAGUCUAUCCUGCAAAGGCUGGACCAUCUGGAGGAAGUAGUAUACAAUCAACUAAAUGGAUUAGCUAAACCCAUGGGACUUGUAGAAGGACCUGGCGGCCUUGGACAAGGUGGAAUGGCUGCUACAUUGAGAGAUGACAGCCAUGAAUCAGAAACCAAAUAUGAGGAAUACGGUUAUAAUGCCCAGCUCAGUGACCGAAUCUCUCUGGACAGAUCAAUUCCAGAUUACAGACCCAAAAACUGUACCCCUGCCAGGACCUUACUACUUUCUCAUUUGCUGCCUGCCAAGACCCCUGCCUUGCCACCUAGUGUACAGUCUCUAGCCAUCCUUGUUCCUGCUACCCAUUGGUGGGGUGAUCAUGAGCUCCAUGAACUAGUGAAGCAAACUGGAACCACUUGGGUCUCUGACCCAUCUCCACCUUCAGGAGCUCUGGUGAAGACCUACUAUCACUUAGACCUUGUCCCUUGG